CUACCAAGAGAGCACCCUGAGAGCUACCACUCUUUCAUGUGGGAAAAACUUUUUCAAACACAUUGACAUUCAGCCAGACAAUGCACUCCUCCUGACAGUUCUGCUUGUCUCGUAUCUCAUGUUGGCAUAUGUUCACAAUCUCAUCAUUGUUCUUCUAAGCCUUGCAAUGUUCCUUAUACAUUAAUUGAAAAACACAUCUGAAUUAGUUCUUUUUUUUAUCAUAAAGAAUUGGUCAUGACAGACAUGAAUUCAUGUAUAUUGUGAAUCUUAUAUAUAAUGUAGUGAUGCAUGCACAUCGACUGGUGUGCCAUGUGUCAACAUAAUUACGAUACUUAUUUAGUAAGUAGGGCUGAGUAUUUCAAUUCUACUUGUAGGCUAGAGAAGGGAUGGGAAUAAUAUUGGUGGGGUGGGCCAGGAGGAAGUGGUGUGAGUUACAUGUGGGUAUGCAAGCUUCUGUUGCUUGGUUGCUAGUCAAGAGAAGAAAAAAGUGUGUGUCAUUGUGAGGCUUGCUGCUGCCUUUCAACCUGAUUGGUUGACAUUUUUUAAUCAGGAUUUAGCUCUUCCCCCCCCCCCCCCCCCCAAUGAUUUUAGCCAUUGAGUCAUCUACACCUGGUAACAUGGUAGGCCCAUAGUUGAAGUUGCUUACGACCCUGAACAAAUUUGAAACUAUAUCCUCUUGGUUAUUAUAGGAGGCAGACAUAAAUGCUACCAUUACACCACAGUUUAUUUUUUUACUAGCAAUAGCUACCUUUUAAAAAUAUAACUGGUUUUAUUUAAGAAGAUUUUAAACACUUGUGUUCGUUAUCACAGGUAUUGGGCCUGAUGGCCAUAUAGCUUUCAAUGAGCCCGGAUCAAGUUUUGUAUCUAAGACAAGGGUCAAGACCCUGGCACAGGAUACCAUUCUGGCCAAUGCCAGAUUUUUUAGCAAUGACUUAAAGAAAGUUCCAACUCAGGCCCUCACUGUGGGUGUGGGUACGGUCAUGGAUGCUGAUGAGGUAAUUCUCAUUGUUAUUGCUAGCUUCUCUUGAUCACAUCAACAGUUAAUUGUUUGCAAUGUUUUACAGUAAGCAUAAAUCUUUGCUUUUAUUUUAUUUGUUAAAUUCUAGUUUGAGCCUAAUUAUAGCCUUGUUGAUUUUAAUUUUUUUUUUAUAUGUUAAAAAACAUAAUCCAUGUAGUUGUGCUAUAGUAAUUUCUUUUAAAUAUUUAUUAAAAUCUAUAUUAUGAAGCACUGCAUAUUCUAAUUUUUAUUUUUGUACCAUACACCUGGAUCUUGUCCAGCUUUUACAUUUUUAAUGAUUUAUUAAAAAUAUUAUUUUUUUAAUGCUAUUCCUGGCAUGUACCUAUGGAGAAAAAAAUCAAAGUUGUCCAGCUUUUAAGAAAUGAUAAUUUUAAAGAUGAGAACAUACUGCACAUUUUUUUAUGGUUAGUUUAAAAAAAAUAUUAAAUUUAGCAAUGUUUUUUUGUAUUCAAUAAACCUUGCACUGUACUGUAUGAUUAUCUGGCCUGUCACAGGUGAUGAUCUUGAUCACUGGAGCACACAAAGCCUUCACCCUGCACAAGGCCAUUGAAGUGGGGGUAAACCACAUGUGGACCGUCUCUGCCUUCCAGCAGCAUCCCCACACCAUAUUUCUCUGAAACAAGGACACCACAAUUGAGCUGCGUGUCAGGACUGUCAAGUAUUUCAAGGGCUUGAUGCAGAUUCACAAUAAGCUUGUUGAGGAC